AUGCGGCCACUAGACUGCUGCUCAUCCAUGGCAGCUCGGAUUGCUCGAAUUGAUCGACUUGCUCAGCCCAAACCUGAUCUGCUCAAAUUUCCUGACAGACGUUCCGUGUACUGGCUGGAUGAACUUCCAAACUUCUCGAAUUGUUCUUUUUAUAUUUUAAUUCGGUUUCCCUCAGUAUUAACACCUCGUCUGUCAAAGCUAACAGAGAGUAAACGACUUGACCCCACAUUUCAAAAUAACAGGCAGUCUCCUGUGUGGGUAGUCAGUACAGCAGCUCUGAGUGCUCGCCCUUCUGACAGAGUACGCUAUCUAGCCCUCCCACGGCUGCCUGCUGCAGGAUGGCAGCCUGAACGCCCCCUGUUGGCCGCACUGAGUGUAGCAGUGCGUACAGCAGAGGCCAGCCAGCGGAUCUGCCAGUUAGCUCACCCAAAGAGGAUGAAGAAGAUCCCAAAUCAGAAGGAUUCUAAAGCCUCCAUAACCGCUGCACCACCUUGCUCCACUUCCUCUCGUAUUCAUCUACUCGCCACACCGAAGUCAAACCACUCGCAGUACAUGUUGGACAGACCAGUGACAUGUCCAGUCUCAAGGUCCACGCGUAAAGCUGUGGCCAGUGAGAGGGUGCAGGUCUUGGCACAACCCAAACCCAGGAAAGCUCUGUUUCAGGGUUACGACCCCUACCGUGUCAAUGCAGCUGCCCGUUCUGCAAAUGCCUCUCCCAGAGUCCUGGAACUUUGCAUGCCACUUCCUCGGAAAUGCAAGGCAAAAUGA